CGGGCCGGGCGGCGCCGCCAUUUUGUGAGUCUAUAACACGGAGCGGUUAGGUCUGUUCCUGCUAUUCCGGCGCCUCCACUCCGUUCCCGACGGGUCUCCUCUGUGUGCAAUGGACGGCAUUGUCCAAGAUAUAACAGUUGGUACAAAGCGGCGGGGAUCUGAGGAGCUUUUCACUACUUGUGUUACUAACGGACCUUUUAUCAUGAGCAGCAACUCUUCUUCUGCAGCUAAUGGAAACGACAGCAAGAAGUUCAAAGGCGACAACCGCAGCGCUGGGGUCCCAUCCCGAGUAAUCCACGUCCGUAAGCUCCCCAGUGAUGUCACGGAGGCAGAGGUCAUUUCUUUGGGCUUACCUUUUGGCAAGGUCACCAAUCUUCUCAUGUUGAAAGGCAAAAACCAGGCUUUCAUAGAGAUGAACACAGAAGACUCAGCCAACACCAUGGUCAACUACUACACCACUGUCACUCCAGUCCUCCGCAGCCAGCCCAUCUACAUCCAGUUCUCCAACCACAAGGAGCUCAAGACAGACAACUCUCCAAACCAAGCACGUGCCCAGGCAGCUCUGCAAGCUGUGAACUCUGUCCAGGCUGGAAACCUGGCCCUGGCAGCCCCUGCUGCUGCCGUCGACGCGGGAAUGGCGAUGGCUGGCCAGAGCCCUGUCCUGAGGAUCAUUGUGGAGAAUCUCUUCUAUCCUGUCACUCUAGAUGUUCUGCAUCAGAUUUUUUCCAAGUUUGGAACAGUCUUGAAAAUAAUCACAUUCACAAAGAACAACCAGUUCCAGGCCCUGUUACAAUAUGCUGACCCAGUGAGUGCUCAGCAUGCCAAACUGUCCCUGGAUGGACAGAACAUCUACAAUGCCUCCUGCACGCUGCGCAUCGAUUUCUCCAAGCUCACAAGCCUCAAUGUCAAAUACAAUAAUGAUAAGAGCAGAGAUUACACCAGGCCAGACCUUCCUUCUGGGGAUAGCCACCCCUCCCUUGAUCAGACCAUGGCAGCUGCUUUUGGUGCCCCAGGAAUAAUCUCUGCUUCUCCAUAUGCAGGAGCUGGCUUUCCUCCUACCUUUGCAAUUCCUCAGGCUGCAGGUACUGUAUUUCGCCUGCCAGUCCCAGCAGUUCAUGGAGCUUUGGCUCCUUUGGCUAUCCCAGCAGCUGCAGCGGCUGCAGCAGGACGGAUUACCAUUCCCGGCCUCACUGGGCCAGGGAACUCAGUUCUGCUGGUUAGCAAUCUGAAUACUGAGAGAGUUACACCCCAAUGCCUCUUUAUUCUUUUCGGAGUCUAUGGUGAUGUGCAGAGGGUGAAGAUCUUAUUUAAUAAGAAAGAGAAUGCCCUGGUUCAGAUGACUGAUGGAAACCAGGCCCAGCUUGCCAUGAGCCAUUUAAACGGGCAGAAGCUGCUGGGGAAGACGAUCCGGAUCACGCUGUCCAAGCACCAGACAGUGCAGCUUCCCCGCACGGACCAGGAGGACCGUGGCCUGACUAAGGACUAUGGCAACUCUCCUCUGCAUCGUUUCAAGAAGCCAGGCUCCAAAAACUUCCAGAACAUCUUUCCCCCAUCUGCCACUCUUCACCUGUCCAAUAUUGCACCCUCAAUAACUGAAGAAGACCUUAAGAUACUGUUUUCAAGCAAUGGUGGGGUAGUCAAAGGAUUCAAAUUCUUCCAGAAGGACCGGAAAAUGGCUCUGAUCCAGAUGGGCUCUGUGGAAGAAGCCAUUCAGUCGCUCAUUGACCUCCACAACCGCGACCUGGGUGAGAACCACCACCUGCGUGUGUCCUUCUCCAAGUCCACCAUCUGAAGCUUUUAUUUUUUU